AGCAAAGACUCUUUGCGGCACUCUUUUGAAGGCAAGCAAGGCUGUGACAGCCGAGCGAGUGCCUCAAAAGCAAGGUUCAGCAGCGCAGCGCUACAAGAAACUGGCACAUCGAUGAUCAAUUGCAGUGUUGCGUGCACAGAGAGCCUUCAUCAGUGCCAGUGAGCAGAGUGCUGCAAGCUUGAAACGCAGCGCUAAGAUGAGCAAAGCACUCGACGCCGCAGUGCGAUCACUCAGAGCAUUAAAAUCGUGGGAGCACGCACGCAGCCGCGGCGCCAUGCAAUCGCUCGACUGGCGGCCGUGCCAGGCCGUCGCACAAAAACUGGGCUACAAGCGCCACCCGCUCACGAUACAUGUCGCGGGCUCGAAAGGCAAGGGCACGGUCUGCGCGCUCGUCGGCGCGGCGCUGGAAAGGGCGGGGUUCCGGGUCGGCGUCGUCACGUCGCCGCACACUUAUCACUUCGGCGAGCGGCUGCGCAUAGGGAUGCGACCCGCCGGCGACGCGCUCGCGCCGCACCUGCAACGGGCCGUCGAAAUUAUUGAAGAAGCGCGGCGUAACAACGACGCCGUGCUGGGAGCGGCCACGCAGUUCGACGCCUUUGUCGCUGCCGCAUUAAAAGCCGCCCAAAAAUGCGAUGCUGUUGUGGUUGAGGUCGGUUUGGGCGGAAAACGGGACUCGACGAACUUUUUGAACGCGCCAAUCACGGCCCUCGUGUCUGUAGAAAGAGAGCACACGGAGGUUUUAGGUGAAUCUUUGCGAGGCAUUGCUACGGAGAAGGCCGGCAUUUGUACGAAGGAUGGGGUCUUGGUGCUCGGCGAUCUGAGCAGGGCGCCGCGGGAAAAGGCGCUCGAAAUAGCUCGGAGACGCGGCGCCACGCCGCUGGCGACACGGCCGGCGAGGAUGGUACAAGGCAUCCCGGCGGGGUCUUUAGCUGUGGCGCGGGGCGUCCUCGACGCCGUCGGCGGUUUUGUGGACGGGAGCCUGCUCGACGAUCCCCGGGUGUUGCGGACCGCUCUAAAAGCAUUACCCGCGCGCGCCGAGUCCAUCAGAGGCGGGUUCGUCGACGGCGCGCACACGGCCGCGAGCGUUGCUGUAUUUGCGAAAUCCGUAAAGCGGCGGGGCCGCGGCGUCGUUUUGAUCAUAGCGCUGCGGUCGGACAAAAAUAUCGAGGACGUCGCGAGGGCCGUCCGCGAGCACCUCGACCCCGAACGCGUCGUCUGCUGCUCGUGCGGCGAGGGGUUUGUGGCUGCGGACGCUCUAUCAAAGGCCUUUGAUAUGGCGGAGGUCGCGCCGAGUCCCGCGGCCGCGUUCGACGCCGUACCCUGCGGUGAGUACGUGCGCGUCGCCUUGGGGUCCUUCGAGCUCGCGGCGGCGGCGCGCACAGCAUGGACUUAGUUGUGUGUGAUAUAUGUAACAGUUUUAAUUACUAGUGCCC